AUAGUAGCAUGCGCUUGCAGUAUUGAUAUUUUCAUAUGAAACUGAAUUUAUUGUAAUUAAACAAAUUAUGCAUGCUGUUUGAAAUAUUAAAUUAUAAUGAUUCAAAGGGAAGCUUCGUAAAUACUUAUUACAAUUUUAAAUAUCGGGUAUUGUAACAUUUACUAUGCCAUCUCAAACAGCUGCAAACUCUUUUAAGAAUCUUAUUCAUCUUUGUAACCGGAAUCAUAUUCUGAAUAUCAAAAGGACUGCAAACAAUACAACACUUCAGUAUGGACCCCUGGGAUGUUAUCUAAAAAUGAAUAUUUUGAAUGAAUGGUUUGGCUCUUUGUUGAAUAAUGCUGAUAUCAACCUAUUCCCUAUAGAACUUACAAAUUUGCGAAAACAAUCCUUUCUGUUUCAGAGAAUAGCAGAUACAACUACUACUACCACUAGUUUGCUUCAAGAUGUUAUUGGGAAUUACUUUGACAUUCAUACAAGAUUUGGAUGUAAUUUACCAUUUGGAUUAGCUGUUUAUGGACCAUGCAUAAAUAAAAAUACCUGUAACAAAAAGACAUCUAGUAAUAUAGAGUUGAAUAUGCUUAGUGAUUUAGAGACUUGGACUCGUCUUUCAGUGGUCUUUUUUUGCCCUGCAAAGAAAUCCUUAAAUUGGUUUCAUCACUGGUCAAAACAAAGAUACAUGUGGUGGAGAAAGUAUUCCAGUAUACCUUCCAAGUUUUCUAUGUCUGAGGUGACAAAGAGUCAAUUUAACGAUCAACAGUUGUCUUUACUUCAUGAGCACCCUUGGGGAAAAGAUCAGCUGGAGACCAUUACACUUCAUGACAACAAAAUCUUUGAAGAAUUAUGGGAGAAAUAUCAUAUUAAUAAUGAAGUAGGAUCUCUAAGCCAAGAUAUAAGGCCAAGUGUUGUUACGUGUGAAACAGAGUUAGAUUUAGCAGUGAUAACAUAUUUAUCUAAUUCUUUUGCUGUGAAGCGCAGAGAUGGGGAAGAUAAAAAUGUAUUUCAUUUACAUUACAAGUUAGCACCUUAUAAAGUUAGUUUAGCUGUGGAAGAAACCGAUGCUGACAACUUUAAAAAACUGAAGAAUGUUAUUAACCAUCUGACAAAAGAAUUGAAACAAAAUGGCAUUGAUGUGCUUCCUGAAUCUGAUUUCAAAUUGAAUCAGACAAUUAAAACUACUUUUGAAAGAUGCGAUGAAAUGGGUAUUCCUUAUAUCAUAGUAUUAAAUGAGAAUUCUUUGCAAACUGGAAUAGCUGGAUUAAGAAGCAGAGAUACAAUACUACAAGAACAAGUUCACAUUACUGAGCUAGCUGCCAAACUUGUGAAAUACCUAAAGAUUAAAAGAUGAGACUAAUUUAAUUUAUUUGUAAAUACAUAUUAUUUAUUGAUUC